AAAGAAGUUGGGCGUGCUUUUGACGCCGGGUCUUCCGGGACUUGUGCUUUCUAGUUUCCUUCCGACGCAAGGGUGAGCCACUGAUCAGAAGUGCCUGUCAAGAUGGAAGUGAAUCCUCCGAAACAGGAGCACCUGCUGGCUCUAAAAGUGAUGCGAUUGACUAAGCCUACUUUGUUCACCAACAUUCCCGUAACAUGUGAAGAGAAAGACUUGCCUGGUGAUCUCUUUAACCAAUUAAUGAGAGACGAUCCUUCAACUGUAAAUGGUGCAGAGAUUUUAAUGUUGGGAGAAAUGUUGACUUUACCCCAAAAUUUUGGGAAUAUAUUUUUGGGAGAGACCUUUUCCAGUUAUAUCAGUGUUCAUAAUGACAGCAAUCAAGUUGUAAAAGAUAUACUGGUGAAGGCGGAUCUUCAGACAAGUUCUCAGCGUUUAAACCUUUCAGCCUCCAAUGCUGCCGUGGCUGAGCUUAAACCCGAUUGUUGUAUUGAUGAUGUCAUACACCAUGAAGUCAAGGAAAUUGGAACACACAUCUUGGUGUGUGCUGUGAGUUAUACAACUCAGGGCGGAGAAAAAAUGUACUUCAGAAAAUUCUUCAAAUUUCAGGUCCUCAAACCAUUGGAUGUGAAAACCAAAUUUUACAAUGCAGAGAGUGACCUCAGUUCUGUGACUGAUGAAGUCUUUCUCGAAGCUCAAAUUCAGAACAUUACAACCUCACCCAUGUUUAUGGAGAAAGUUUCACUGGAGCCGUCAAUAAUGUACAAUGUAACAGAAUUAAAUUCGGUGGCCCAAGCCGGGGAAUGUGUAUCUACAUUUGGAUCCAGAGGAUAUUUGCAGCCAAUGGAUACACGCCAGUACUUAUACUGCCUAAAGCCCAAGAAGGAGUUUGCAGAAAAAGCUGGCAUCAUUAAAGGUGUAACGGUCAUUGGAAAAUUGGACAUAGUGUGGAAAACAAACCUAGGUGAAAGGGGACGGUUACAGACCAGCCAGCUUCAAAGAAUGGCUCCAGGUUAUGGAGAUGUUAGGCUAUCUUUAGAGGCCAUCCCAGAUACCGUGAACCUAGAAGAACCUUUCCAUAUUACCUGCAAAAUCACAAACUGCAGCAGUGAGAGGACGAUGGACCUGGUCCUGGAAAUGUGCAAUACUAAUUCUAUCCACUGGUGCGGCAUUUCGGGAAGACAGCUAGGAAAGCUGCAUCCAAGCUCCUCACUCUGCCUGGCCCUGACUCUCCUGUCUUCAGUACAGGGGCUCCAAAGUGUCUCUGGCCUAAGACUCACUGACACAUUCUUAAAGAGAACAUACGAAUACGACGACAUUGCGCAAGUCUGUGUGGUCUCGUCAGCUGUGGAAGUGGAAGCCUAAGGAAAAUUCCUAAUGUUAAAUUUCUUGUUUAAUCACAGAACUGUUCCCUGUAUUUUGUCAGCUUUGUGAAAUGAUGAACAGCAAAAAUAAGUAUAUGUUAUUUAAAUUUGUUUUCUAUAAAACAGUUAAAUAGUAAAUGUUUGUUGUAAAAGCAGUGGUUUUGUCUUGUGAGUUGUACUACAAAUGAACAGAACGUUGCAGUGUUUCCUAUACAUAUUUCAUCCUUUAAGAUAACUGUCGGCUUUUGUUUGUAACAAGCUCAAUUCUUGAAGCUUUUUUGUCUACCAAGUAGAUUUUUGUAAAAGCAAACCUUCUUGUAUAGGGCCAGUAUCUGAUGUCCUGGGCUCUGGAGGUAAAUGAACCCCGCCAUCUGAGUACAGUAGCAGGGGUGUCUGUGGUGAUGGCACCUGCUGCUUAGGGCCCCAGGACUACAGUUUAGUAAUUCAGUCUGGAAGAUACUGUGACACUUUGUAUAGAAGUGUAGUUAAUCAGUCAACCACAGUCUCUUUCCUGGGUGCCUAGCCAACAGAAAAUCCUUGUCUGAAACAAUUCAGGUCCCCUUCCUGUAACCUGAUUAUUUCUUAACACAGGAUAAACAUUUUCAGUUGUUUUCAACAGCAUUGUAUGGGUGUGUGGCUGUUAGUGCACGCAGAUCAACAACAUCUCACCCACACUCACCACAGGGCCAGCUCCGCUGUUACCCAGGCAAGGUGCAGGGCCAUCUCACUCAACUGCUCUAGGGGGCAUACGAGGUGGGGGGCAGGGUCAGCUCUCACACACAUCUCACACACACUCCACAGCAGACCAGAACUGGUUGACUCAGUUAGCUUUUUUUUUAAAUUUUUACUAAUUCUUUGCAGAUUACACAUCAUGCAUCCGAUCCCACCUGUCUCUUCCCCACCCGCCUUCUGCCCUUGCAACCUCCCCCCAAAACAAAAUUUUAAAGAAAAGCUGAAAACCAAAUAAAGCAAACAAACAAAACAAAAUAAAUAAAUAAAUGAACCAAGAAAAAAAAGGGUCUCAGCAUAGAAAUGGUAAUGGGGCCAAUUGAAUUCCACAGUUAACCCUUUAGCCCUUUCUUCUACACGUGCAAGUGUUGCAAGUGUUCGCUGUCACAGUCUUUGACCUACUACACCAGGACACUAGGCUCUCAUUGGAGCUCCUCUUGGAUAUCCUAUUGUCCUAAAGUUUUAAAUCUGUAGAUUCGUCCCCUUCACAUGCAUAGAUGACGUGGAUGUUGGGGUGAGCUAACUCAGCUCUGGUUCUGGGCCUGGGUGGUAGCUGGGCUGGGCAGCCUGCCAGCUUUCCCCCAUUGUCACCACCUGGGUGGCCCUCUCUAGCUCUGCCUCUGCUAAACACCGCCCCCCCCCCCACCUACACUCACACCACGGGGCCACCACUGCCCUGGGAGACUGGGGGGUCUGCUCUCCUGUGUGGUGCAGUUGGUGAGGGGCAGGCUAGUUCUUUCACCACAUGGGCAGACAGUUCUGGGGGAGGAGGGGGUGCAGGGUCAUCUCUUCAGCUGUCAUGCCCUCAGAGCCAGCUCACCUGUGUCUGGACAAGGCUAGAUCUCUGAUGAUCCCAGGGCGAGCCCGCUUGCCUGCCAAGGGUAGCAAGGGGAAGGGCAUCUUUCCCUCACCCACUGUCACCACCUGGCCGAUGAGAGCAGGAGUGGGGUCAGCUCUGCUGUCCUCGUGCCCUCGGGGCUGGCUCACCUGUCUUCUGACAACAGGGUCAGCUCUAAAGUGCUGCCCAGGUGAGGUGCACGCUGUGCUGAGGGGUGAGGCCAUCUUUCCUGGGGUCAGUUCUGCAGUAGCUAGCAAGGAACCAGGCCAGCUAUUCCAAGGCAACUCUAGUUAACUUUGAUCAAGGUUAAUAAUUUCCUAGUUUUAACCUAAAAACUCCUGAAGAAUGUUUUAUUUUCAUAAUACACAUUUAAGUGAUUCCCAACUUCAUAUUGUUUUGGCUGUUUUUUUUGUUUGUUUGUUUGUUUGUUUUUCUUUUUGAGACAGGACUUCUCUCUGUAGCUUUGGAGCGUGUCCUGGAACUCACUCUGUAGACCAGGCUGGCCUCAAACUCACAGAGAUCUGCCUGCCUCUGCCUCCCAAGUGCUGAGAUUGAAGGCAUGCACCACCACCAUCAGGCCUGUUUUUUAACAUGUACUAAUAUAAAAAUUUUGUCUGUCCAUCUAAUAAUACCCAUUUAUGUCAGGAACAAAUCAGCAAAACGUAUAUUUAGUAAAUCUUUACACAGCUUUGCAAUAGGAAUGUAACAAAAUGUUUCUCGAUUUGGCAGGAAAACAAAACCCCAUGUUGUUAUAUCCCUUACCCUAGUUUGACAAGUUGAAAUUUCACAGUAUCUAAUAAUUGCUUACAUAUUAAGAAUACAUUAAGUCAAACACAAAACCCUUUCUCUUAAAUGCAUAAUUAUUUAUUGCCAUGACAAAUUAUUUGGUCCAAAAAUGAAAGGUGUAUUCAGGAGGCUUGACCCUCACAUUAGUCAUUAUUGAUGAAUGUCUAUGCAAAACAAAAUGCAAACAUUGAGAACAGAAGUCGGUUCCUUUAGGAAGACAAAGACUGGUCAAGUCAGUCUAUAUCAGCAUUAUUUCAAGCAUCCUCUCAUAACUGAACCAUGUUUGCAUUCAUUCAGAAUUUAAAAGUUACUCUGCUAUAUAUUUUAAAUUACAAAGUCUCUUCUGUAUAUAAACAACAUAGGUACAUAUUGUUCAUACUCUAAAUAAAAGAUAAAUGCCAUCUUAUAAAGGAUCUGUGUCCGCUAUUAUAAAAACUAGAUUGAUGAUUUGGUACAGUAAAUGAAAUCCCAUUUCCAUACAAAGGGCAUGUUCAGUUUUGCAUAGCACAGUAACAGUUUCAGCUACUCCAACAAAAUGGGGUCAUGGAAGCCAGGCAUUCCGAAUUCAAAUGUAUAUAAGUAUUCAAGGCCAUCCUUUCUCUCUGAGCAAGUGUAUUUUCCUGACAAGGGGAAGAAUACUUGGGGAAGUUUCUUAAGAAUUUUAAGACAGCUAGACCAAUCAAACCACUCAAAAAAAAAAAAAAUCUUGAAAUAGCUUGCAGUGUGAUGAUUCCAACGUGAAGGAUGGACCUGGAGAGUAAAAGGUGAACUGAAUAAGGAAACACCAUGGAAGUAGGAAGAGAUCCGGCAGUAUAUUCAUUCCCGUAGAAACAAACCAAAAAGUGAAAUGGAAGAUACACCGGUUCCUUGGUUUUGUGUAAAAAGAAGAGCUACCUUUAGCCAAGGGUGUUAGCACAGGAACUCAGUGUUCCACAGCUGCUGCUGAGAACUGGUCGUUCCUACCAGGAUAUUACUGGUCAAGCGAGUUGGGAACUAUUUCUUCCUCUUCUGUGCUUUGGAAGCCAUAAGGAAUGGAUAUUAUUCUCUCCUGAAGACUUUGGUAGAGCUGACUACCGAGAUCAUCUGAGCCUAACCGGUUUUUGUUUUGUUUUUUGUUGGUCCUGGAAGGUAUGAAAAUUUCUUAACAAAGGCUUUCUAAUUGUCCUUUUUGUUGUUUGUCUCCUACUGGGUACUUCGCUUUGUUGGUUUUGAAACUGGGUCUCCUGUAGCCCAGGCUCACAUCAUACCCACUGUGCGGCCAAGACUGGUGUUGAAUUCCUCCACCUCCUAAGUGUUGGAUUACAGGUGCAUGUUGCCUUUCCAACAGUACUAGGGAAGGAGCAACCCGGGGCUUCCUGCUGGGCAGGCACUACCACCUGCACUAUGCUGCCGACCCCCAGUCCCCCUUCUAAUAUCCCACAGGAGCUGUUCCCAGUAUAUCUGCUCCUUUCCUACGUGUUUCUUCUUUAAUGCAGUGAUGGAAUUGAACCCAUGCGCUCACCUCCUAGGCAAGCACUCUCUCUUCCAUCUCUGAUGCUGUUGUUAAUUUGUAUUUUCUGUUGCCUAGUCGAGGAUUCACCAGUUUUAUUGAACUGAAAGCCUGUUCUAGGAUUAUUAAUAUAUUCAGCACUGGAGGACUGGGCUUUUAGUUGUCAACUUUGAAUUUUCUUUGACUCCAGUCCUAACCUUUAUGUAAGCAGGAAGUACUUCACUCUGUGUGAAGAACACUCAAGAACACUGUGUGACAGCUGACACAACCCAGUUCUCUGUCAGAGGUUCUCCCGUUCUCUACCAGAACUGUUUCCUGGCUGUCCCAUGUGAGACUGCCCAGGUGCCUGCUGGCUACUUGAGGAGAGACCCCCCAACCUUACACAACUUUAUUUGUUCUAAAGUUGAGGCCUGACUGCGUGGAGCACUGUUUAAAAUGGUGAUCUUAUUUGAUGAUAUGAUGCUACACCAGAAUUUUGAAUUAAUUAAUUUCCCCCACCUGAUGUACAGUAAAAUUACAAAACCACUGUCUCACAAAAGGCGAAAAAGAAAAAGGCUUUGAUUUUUGGUUUGUUUGGUUUUUUUUUUUUU